ACAUGUGGAGAGCGUUAUCUCUCGGGAGGGUUGGGACCAAUAUCGCCCCAUUUGAUAAAAUUUUUAAUUAAUUCCAAACUAAACAGAGAUAAUUAACCAUAACGUCACAUUAGCGUUAUCCUAUGUCCUAUGACUAAUCUGAACAGCAUCACCUGUAUCACUGAUGGUGCCCAGCACAGGUAACGAAAGGCAGUAGAAAAGUAUAGAGGUACGAGGAUACCGGAUUAAAAGUACCAAGGAAAGUACCGAGAAAAUAAGGAAGAUACUGAAGUACAAAGGACUGAGGAUACCGGAUUAAAAAUACCAAGGAAAAGUACGAGAAAAUACGGACUACGGAGGAUACUGAAUUUAAGUACAAAGGACUGAGGAUACAGGAUCUAAAUACAUAUCAGUAGUGAGAAGAAUGUGGAAAGUCGUCAUGUUGAUUGUGUUUCUGAUAGCGGGAUGUUCCAUCACUUUUAUACAGGCCCAGUUUCCUUGGGAUUCGUGUCCAGACAAUACCGGUGUCAUGACGGCUUGUGUGGUGACAGAAAACAACUGUUUUACAGACUACAACUGUCCCACGGGUAUGCGGUGUUGUCCUGGAGGAUGCGGACGGACGUGUCAACGGCCCACUGGGUGCCGAGUGUCGCCGUCCGGAUCCAAACGGUUUUGUAUUCACAAUGGAAUGUGUAUUCGGUCCCGAGAGGAGUACUGCUGUAAUUUCCAAUGUCAGGAACCAUUCGCUACUAUUGGCUAAUCACAUCAUACAGGGAGGUUAUCUUGGAUGACUGCAGAAUAAAUAAUGUCAAAUACUCA